CAGAGCACAAACUCUCGAACAUGCCCUUCAUCAUGUUUGUUUUGACUUCCCUUCUACGAUCACCCUCAAGAAUGUGAAGACUUGUUCAAAGUCGCCCCCACGUUAGCUUUCACAAAUCUAGCCCUACACCACUUCUGCCAUAUUUCUUCAAAGUGAAGAUCUUUUACACAAAUUCAAAACCCCACUUGAAUGAUCAAGAUUCUUGUUUGUAACCGUGGCUGGAUGGAUGGAGCAGAUUAGGUAAAUUAUAGCAAAAAGAUAUUGCUUUUCGAGUAGAAUUUUUUUAGGGUUUCCUCUUAGUCUACUCUAGGUCUUGCUUGAUUUUGUGCCGCAUUUGCAUUUGCAUUUGCAUUUGAAUCUUGGUUCUGUGCUUCUCGUACUUGUUGGAAAUCUUGGUUUGGGUUUAGUUUGGAACAUUUCUCAAUGUUAUUGCCAAAAUCUUGAAUUUGAGGUUUGAGAUUUGAUUACAUUGUAGAUUUGUUGUACUGGGUGUUUGUUGAAAUAUUAGGAAUUCUGGUUGCUGAUUACUGAAAUCUUCAAUUUGGAAUUUUCCUUGGUGUUCUUGCCGAGAUCUUGAAUUCUGAGACUGUACUUCAUUGAAAUAUUAGGAAUUUAGGUUACCGAUUACUGAAUCAUCAAUUAGGUCGCUUUGGAGUUGUUCUUAAUGUUUUUCCCCAAAUCUUGGAUUUUAAGAUUUGGGUUUUGAUUACAUUAGGGAUUUCUGUACUGGGUGUUUGAUUAAAGUGUAUAUAUCUGGGAAGAUUUUGCUGGAAAGUGAAGAUAUCUAGGGUUCUUGAGAUUUAAGGAUUGGUGUUUUCUGCUACAUUGUGAAUUUAAUCAUGGGAAUUUAGAUUUAAAUCAAGAAUUUUGUUGAUAAAAGAAGUUAAUCUUAUUUAGAUGGCUUCAACUUCACCUUCUCCGGGUUCUUCGCCUUCAUCAGUUCCUCCUGUUUCUUCAAACCCUACGCCGCUUUCGCCGGUGUCUCAACCAGAUCAGGCAACUGUAACACCGCCCCCUGCUACCCCUGCAACCUCAGUUCCACCUGUUCAAUUGCCCCUGCCCCCGGUUGCUGUUUCACCGCCACCAUCUCCACCACAAUCACCUCCACCGGAUGUACCAUCGUCCCCACCACCAGUACUACCUGCUUCUCCCCCUCCAUCUCCACCUGCAGCACCACCACCUGCAUCGCCCACAUUGCCACCACCUGCAUCGCCCACAUUGCCACCACCUGCCAAUGCCACUCCUCCAGCUGCAAACCCGCCACCUGCUCCAAUUUUGCCUCCACCGCCACCAUCAGAUGGUGGUUCUCCGCCACCAUCAACCCCGACACCAGACCCAACUGCUUCUCCUCCAUCUCCAACCCCACCUGACCCCACAACUUCUCCCCCAUCUCCACCUCUUUCUCCUUCCCCACCACCUCCACGAAAUGUUCCAUCACCAUCAGCAACCGCCUCUUCCCCUCCUCCACCACGUGCAAACCCACCGGAAAAUUCUCCACCAAGCCAGCAGCUAACACCACCUCCUAUCUCCACUACUCCACCUGAUCUUCCUUCAAACAGCCCCAUUAGCCCUUCAGCUUCAUUAUCACCUCCUCCUUUCUUAACUCCAACCAAUUCAUCCGCCCCUGCCGCCCCAACUACUUCAGAACUGCCGCCAUUACCCACCGAGAAACCAACUGCACGGGCAACAGACACCACCACAACCGGUAGAAACGGUACAUCUGGUGGAUCUCCUGGAGGAUCAAAAACAGGAGGCGUAGUGGCAAUUGGCCUUGUUGUCGGGUUUAUCACACUCGGUCUCUUUGUGAUGGCUGUGUGGUAUAAACGGAGAAAAAAGAAUCGCGGUGGACAUCCUAACUCUGGCUACAUUAUGCCCUCACCCUCUGCUUCAUCCCAAAAGUCAGAUUCGCAAUUUCUGAAGUUCCAACAAUCAGGUCAUCCGUUGGGUGGAAGCCCGUCAGGAAGUAACUACAUCUACUCUCCUGAUCAUGGUGGUGUGGGAAACUCUAGGGGAUGGUUCACCUACGAAGAAUUAGCUGAGGCCACGGAUGGAUUUUCAGGAAGUAAUCUUUUAGGUGAAGGUGGGUUUGGGUGUGUUUAUAAGGGUUUGUUGGCUGAUGGGAGAGAAGUUGCUGUUAAACAACUGAAAAUUGGUGGUUCACAAGGAGAGCGAGAAUUUAAAGCUGAAGUUGAGAUCAUUAGUCGAGUUCAUCAUCGCCAUUUAGUUUCCCUUGUUGGCUAUUGCAUCUCUGAUCAUCAAAGAUUACUCGUUUAUCAAUAUGUUCCAAAUGACACCCUUCAUUAUCAUCUUCAUGGCGAAGGCAGGCCGGUUAUGGACUGGGCAACCCGAAUUAGAGUUGCUGCUGGUGCAGCUCGUGGUUUAGCAUACUUGCACGAAGAUUGUCAUCCACGAAUCAUUCACAGGGACAUUAAGUCAUCAAACAUUCUAUUAGAUGACAACUUUGAUGCCCAGGUGGCAGAUUUUGGGCUUGCAAAGCUAGCAAUGGAUACGAACACGCAUGUCACAACUCGUGUCAUGGGAACCUUUGGAUAUAUGGCUCCUGAAUACGCUUCAAGCGGGAAGUUGACCGAAAAGUCAGAUGUUUUCUCAUUCGGAGUAGUGGUCUUGGAGCUCAUCACUGGCCGUAAGCCUGUCGAUGCAUCUCAACCCUUGGGUGACGAGAGCCUGGUUGAAUGGGCUCGACCUCGGCUCAAUCAGGCGCUUGAAAGCGAGGAAUUUGAUGCAUUGGUAGAUCCAAGGCUGGAAAAGAACUAUGUGCAGGUUGAAAUGUUUCGAAUGAUCGAAGCAGCUGCAGCCUGCAUACGCCAUUUGGCCCCAAAACGUCCACGAAUGAGUCAGGUGGUGAGGGCCCUAGAUUCGAUCGUUGAGUUCACGACAGAUCUGUCGAAUGGAAUGAAACCGGGACAAAGUGAAAUUUUCGACUCGAGAGAACAAUCUGCACAAAUUAGAUUGUUCCAAAGGAUGGCGUUUGGUAGUCAAGACUACAGUUCCGAAUAUUUCAAUAAUUCUCAGAGCAGCUGGAGGAGUUGAAAGGGGUAGGUUAAAUGCACACCUACUUAUUAAUAUCAUCAUCAAGACAUCAUAUUUUACAUUUUCAAUGUAUGAUUUGACCUGAUUUUGAUUAUAUAGGUGUGCAUAUAGCAAUACCUGAGUAGAAAACAAAACCCGGGAUUAUUUUUAUACACCGUCAGUGAUAAAUAAGAUACGUAUUAAGAUAGCACCCAACGGAACGUUUGUUCUGAUGUGUGAGUUUUUUACACGGUCGGUGUAUAAAAAAUGAACCAACUAUGUUUUGGCAUUGUUUUCAUUCUUUAUGGGAAAUCUUGUGCCAAAUUUUCCAUGUAAAUUUUGGUGUCGAUCAUCUAACAAUGUAAAAGGAUCGUUUUAUUGUUAUUUU